GGUAAUUCAUCAUGGACGAUUCUUCAGAAGAAGCGAAUCAGUUUGAGCCACCGCCAGCUAUCCGAAAGUCCACCAGAGCAGUCAACAAUCUGUCGCCUCAUCAAAAAGAAGUCAGAUGUCAAUGCGGGACAAAUAACACGGAUAAUCGGCUCAUAAAGUGUGUAGAGUGCGAAAAGUGGCAGCACGCUAUCUGUAUGAGUGUCAUGCCGUUGGAUAUCAUAAUGACCUACAAAUGCGAGAUGUGUGAGCCAAGAUUGCUGAUGGUCUCCAGAUCCCAGGCGAGAGCAUACCAAGGAGUUGAGCCCGAGCCCAGGGAAGUCCGGAAGAAAGGAAGAAACCAAUCGGUGAAUUUGGAGGAGUUCCUCGAGUUCUUGUCGGAAGCAUCCGAAAAUAUCAGUCGUCCACUUGCGCUGACUACACUGUUCGAAGACUACAAAGAACACAUCAAUUAUCCGCAAUCAGUGAGAAUUCUCCGCAAGCAGCUCGAAUCAAAUCUCUUGGAGACAAUCUCAAUGUCACCCAAUUACUAUGCCGAUCGAAAAGCGCAAAUGCUCUUCGCGAUGGGGUUACGCGUCAAGGGCGAGUUCUUGGAAAGGCUGGAGAGGAAUGCAGUGGUGGAAGUGGACGGUUACCAUCGAAUCACUUUCUAUAAGUCGAAGAAUUUGGAGUUCAGAGGAAAACAUCGCGUCGGCAGAUUUCCACUUGUAAAUCGUCGAAAAUCUGCAGAAAGUACUUCACAACAGCACGGAAAUUCGGGUGAAGAAGACGAUGAUGACAUUUUCAUAGAUCUAGUUGUUCCAGUUACAGGCAAUUCAAGAUGGAAUCAGUUUCCUGUGAAGCAGGAGAUUCCCGAUGAGCAGAGUUUUGGUUCAGCAAGUACUUUGCCGAACGCCGAGAUUGAGCCAAAUCUUCAAUACUCAUUGAGCGAUACCAUGACGACUGGUUCCGCGAGCACUUGGAACAUGGCAGCCACUCCACCAAGCGAAAUGCGAGGAAUCAUGAUGGAAUCGAUGAAUGGUUUGCACGCUCUACAAUCUGCGAGUUAUCCGCCUUACCAAGAAAUGCAGGAAAUGCUAUGCGUGCAGCACACCAUGAUGAAAUCGAUGCAUGAAAUAAUCAAAACGCAAUCCGACUUUUACAGAGAGAUGUUUAAGACGAGAGCGAUCGCCGGCGCACCACCUGCCCCAGCAACCACCAGUCUCCGCGCCUUUCUGCAUUUUCUCAAAGGCUAUGUCGACUACCUGGAAUCCGAGCAGCUGGUUGACUGCAGCCGCCUGACUCAACAGCACUUGGAGACUUGCCGAGCGGCUGACAAGCUGAUUUCAAUGGAAAAACUGCUAACGGGGCUUGCCGUCGCAACAACCAUCGCUGAAGCACAUCUAUCGGAUGUUUCAGCCAUCAUCAACGGGGCUUCUGCCAUGGAAUUUUACAAAUUCAUCGAGAUUUACGCAAGUAAUCAGAGCAAUUCGGCAUUUUCGGGCCUUUGCACCGAUCUGAAGCAAAAGAUUCAGGCUCUUGUAAAUAUGGAUAAGAAAAUUCCAUUCAAAGAGUUGAGCCGUGCCUUCCGAACUGCAAUCUCCCUGGUUUCUCAAUGAGAAAAUAUUUGUUUUUAAUUGUUUCUUUUUAAUUAUCCACAUGUUCUAUUGAUUCCCCCGUGUUUAUUUUAAUUAUCUGCACUUUUAAUUUUAUCUCUAAGUAUUAUUUUUUGUCGAUAAAUACCGUUGAUGUUU